AUGGCGCCUGCACACCACCUGUUGGAGCCCUCGGCUUCCAUCAAGUCGGAGACCAAACCGCAGCUGAAAGGGCCGAGGACUGUGGGAUCCAGUGUUUCAGAUUCCAUAUCGCUGUCUUCGCCAGUAGCGUGUACGACACCUAAAGAUGCCGAAGGUCUUCCAAUGCCAGCGUCCAUACAGACGUUACCGGAGGAACACAGGAAUUGUCUUCUGGGCAAGGUGCCGGGGUUGAAAACCAGGAGGCGGCGGGCCAUGUUGAUCUACGUCUGCGCUGCCGAUUCACAAGACUGCUGCGCGGAGAAAGGGGCUCUCCAGUGCGGAGCGGCGGCUCGCCUACGGGCGCGAGCACGGAGGCGCGGCUGGCGCGUGCACGUGGCCGACCUCCACUGGCGCUCGCCUCUCGAGCAACAGCGAGACCACAGGUUCCCCGUGUUGUGCAUCGCGGAGUUGGCACGUCAGUCCGAGUUGGGUGCAGUGGUGCCAGUACUAUUCCUGAACUCGGGUUUAGGCACGCCUUUACUGCCACACACUCUGGAGUGCGCCGACUUCAAAGCCGCGCUGGAAGCGGCUGAUGACGAAAGUGAUAAAGCGUUGUUGAAUAAAUGGUACAGUCUAGACUGUAGCAGGACCCCGCCAUGUUACCGCCUCGUCCGAGGAGCCCCCGCGCGCUGGCGUCGCGAGAUGGCCAAGACCCUGAACGUACUCGUUCGCACGUUGCCACAAGAAGCCUGUGACGCGUACCUCACUACCGUCGUAGAACAGGAGGUGCAGCACACGGUGCUGAUGAGCGUGGAGGCGGCGCGGCGCUGCGUGUGGGUGUGCCGCGCGGGGGGGGCGCCGCCAGACCCGCCCGACGCGCCCGACGCCGCGCACCACCAGGAGUUGCAGCGCCGGCUUAAUAACCUGCAGAAGGAUCUUAAGCAACACUUAAGCGAACGCAACGUAAUCCGUGCAAGUAUUCGCGGUCGAUCCGCGCCGGGAGGAGAGGACGAGUACACGGAGGGCGUAAGUGCAGCACUCGGUGAACGGCUCGAAUCUCUACUGGACACGCUCAUCGCUGAAAACGAUAUAUCUGCGGGAUGCAAUGGGAUACCUACCAGUUUGUUCGACGAGGUGAAUGAACAUCUAACAUUUUGUCAGAAAGCUGCACAAUGUACAUCUAACAGAGAAAUAACGCUUAACGAACUUAAGACAUACAUAACAGGUGAGAGCACUGUUCCGUUAGCCUUGAUCGGAGGUGCAGGCUGUGGUAAAGCGACGCUAGUAGCAAGAGCUGUCACUCUUGCGCAUACAUACCAACCGGACCUUGCUGUUAUUGUCAGGUUCGUAGGUCUAACUCCUCAGUCCAGUAGUUCUCACCAGUUGCUCAAGUCUAUCGUGGAUCAAUGUCACGUGUUACUUACUGGGACAGUUUACAGAGGUCGAAACGACGUGUGGUCGCUGUCGCGCGCGCUGGGCGCGCUGCUGGGCGGCGUGGGGCGCGCGCGCGGGGCGCUGCUGUGCGUGGUGGGCGCCGACGCGCUGCGCGCCGCGCGCUGGCUGCCCGAGCGCCUGCCGCACAACGUCAAGAUGAUCGUCACCGUCACCGAAGAAAAAGACGAACCGUCGAGUUCAGCGAUCAUGGCGGUUCUCUCGUCGGAGGACGGUCCGAAAGUAGUGAGGGCACCGCCCGUGGGCCCCGAGGAAGCCAAGGCAGUGCUGACCGCCUGCGCGGCCACGUACAGUAAGACUGGAGCAGCUUCACCGCCAGAAUCCGCCGUGAAGGCUGUACAGAAGUGUACUUUACCUCUCUAUGCUAAGAUCUUAGCGUGGCAAAUCUCACUAUCAGCAGAGACCUUCACCGAAUUGACGGAACCAGAAACAACUCCAGAGUUAGUUAUCUGCGAAGACCUGGAAGGUCAGCUGAUACAGAUUUUAAUCACCACGGAAGCCGCGUUAGGGGUUGACAGAGUGAAAACAUGUCUAGCGUUACUGACAGCAUCCAGAAGAGGAUUGGACGAUACGGAGAUUCUGGAUAUCUUAGCACAUGAUGAGCUGUUCAGAAGUGAGGAAACUUAUUUGCCGUGGGCGCCGGCGUCGCUGGUGUGGCCGCAGCUGGCGGCGCUGCUGGCGCCCUGGCUGCGCUGGGACGCGCGGGGGGCGGCGCGCUGGCGGGACGCCGCGCUCGCCACCGCCGCCGCCGACCGCUACCUGCCCGACACCGGCGCGCCCGUGCGCCGCUGCCUCGUCGACUACUACGAGGGCAAGUGGUACGUAGAAAACGACCCCAAGAUGGCUGGCCGUCUUUUACCUCAGGGGAAUAAGUUUUCUGAGGAAUGCUAUAACACAAGAAAACUCGAUGAGCUCCCAUUCCAACACUACCACAUAUACAAAGACGAGCCUGAGACCUUCGCGAAUAUGCCAUACUUCACAAAGCUGGACUGGAUACAUGCCAAACUGGCCGCCACAGACACCUGCUUUUUCCUCGAAGACAUAGCCUUAGUUCAUAUAGAUCCACUACCAGAACACAUAGAGAUACUGAAAGACCUCUUUGAAACACAUUCUUACGCUCUAGAUUAUGACCAUAGACAAUUCUAUGGGUUAUUGCGAAUGACGAUGGAAAAAAGACAGCGGGAUGGACUAACAAUAAAAAGUCAAAUCGUUGAAGAUUGGAUGAAGGAGAUCCACAAUCCUCCUGUACCUACGUUCUAUCCGGAAAAUGACGGCUUCUGGAAGCUUCUAGAUGUAAAAGAGAAGAGAGAGUUUUCCAUGGGGGAUGGAUUUGAUACGAAGACGUAUGACUUGAUAGUUAGGUUCGAUAGUCGAAGUAAAUUUCUGGCCACUGUUUCUACUGAAAGAGAAGAGAUUUGUGUUUGGGAUGUUACUAAGUACAAGUUAGUUCGGAAACUGGUUGGAGUGACGCAUCCCAUCAACUUGGUGCCUAUCGACGAGUACAAAUGCGUGGUGCUCUGUCGCAGAGAACUGAGGGUGUACAACCUUGAUCAGGGCACAUUCCUAGUGGCGUUGAAAGGCGUCAUGAACCAGAAGAUGCCGUACUACGGUCUCCACGACCCUAAACAUCUAGUUGCCUUAUCCAGAAACAGGAUGUAUGUCAAUCUGAUGAAUAUUGAGACUGGUGAUUGCGUGACAACUUUUAAAGCUGGCGAGGACAGGUUUCUGAAUUCAUUGCUAGUGUCUGGCGAUGGGAGAGUGCUGGUAUGCGGAGACGAGACGCAAAAACCUUUUCCCCUAUUGGUGUGGUCUCUGACAUCGCGCAAGCUGCUGUACGACCUUCGAAUUCCACAUCACGACUUUAUCACGUCGAAGGCUGCUAUCACUUAUGAAGGUUCCUACGUGUGCGUAGUAUCAAGAGAGCUUGACGAACCGAGUCCAAACUUCAUCGUAGUGUACGACCUGCAGUCAGGGACGCUGUUCAAGAAGUGGAAGCCUGGCUGCGACACCGUGGCGUUGGCCAUCAGCUCGGUGGACGGCUGUGUGGUAUCCGGACUUGCUGAUACGAGGAUAUUAGUGUGGGAUCUUGUUACAGGUAAUUGUCGAUUGACUCUGUGUGGCCACGUGGCAGCGCCGUCGCUUCUGCGGCUGACCAAAUCAGGAGGGGUGCUCUUAUCUACCGAUGACACCUGCAAAGAUAUUUCUGUCAGACUAUGGGACCUGCACACGGGUAAACUCAUAGCAGUGUACACUCCACCGGAACGAAUCACAUCGUGCGAGGUCCUCCUGGGAGGAUCGGUCCUCGCCCUCGCUUUAGAGAACUACAAAGACAUCCUAUGCGUUAAACUGUACGGACCUGCCGUAGAGUCUGUGAGUAACGGCAAGGAGGUCGAAUAUGACGCCCGAGCGUACGGAGACGAAACCUUAGAAGGGAAAACCUUCGAUGUCAAGGGUCAAGAAAGCUCAUAG